AUGUGUUGGUGGCGUACCUCAUGGUCCGCCGCCGAGUCCUCCACCGGCGCAUUGUUCAACAUGUGCGUCAAAGAUGAUUUCACGAAGUCCCUUAAUGCCCUACUUGUAGUGUACUACAUCAACCCUGAUGGCAAGGAGAUGUCACUUGCCUACCCCACCGUUCUCUUCGACCGCAUGGUGCGCUCCUUCCUGGCCCUGGCUGUUGGCAGCGACCUCGGUCUCGUGCUCAGUUGGUCAGCUGAGAUAUACGGUUUGGGCGAUGUCGAGCACAACAGGUACAACAAGACUUGCGACUGCCACCUGCCACCGGCAUUCCUUCGCUCAUACACCGCUCCGUCGGUGAGCGUGGAGGCGUCCUACGCCUUCUGGCAAGGCUGUGAGAUAAAAAACAGUGGAAACUAUGUCCUCUGUCUCACAGCCCAGCGCCUCCCCAAGGUCGUGAAUGCCAUGAUGGCCUGCAUCAAGGAGACCGGUGCUGGCAAGUAG